UUAGAAACAUUAACCGGAAGUAACACGUUAAAGGCAAUAUUGUAAUCAUUCGUACCGUAAUCAUAAACAUGACUUUUCUUACAUCUUGGGAGGAGUUUUCAAAAGCUGCAGAACGCUUGUAUCUAAAUGAUCCAAUGAAGUGCCGUUUUGUGACCAAGUACAGACAUUGUGACGGUAAACUUGAGGUGAAGAUCACUGACGAUGCAGUGUGCCUGCAGUACCGUACAGAGCAUGCCCAGGAUGUCAAGAAACUGGAGAAACUGACCAAUCAGCUCAUGCGGCACAUGGCCUCAAAGGAAAAGUGACGUAGUUACCAAGCCAUAGUGUUUUGUACUCAAAGAACUUAUGUAGAUGGAAGGAAAUGAAGUCUGACAACUAAAACAUGUGAUAGGCAGCUGGUGUCUGCUAGCAUACUGUGUGGAUUGUCAUGUUCAAAACUUUAUCAUCAGAUCAGAUGUAUAAUUAUCAUUUAAAUGGCCAUAUGUUUUAAGUGGAAUGAAGAAUACUGUACUUGCUCGACAUGAGUAUCUGUUCUAGAAAUGCCAGGAUGGGGUGACUGUGGAAGAUUGCUAUUUCUCUGUAUAUGUAUUUCAACUUGAUAAACGUUUACCUUUAAUCUGUCAGCAAUUCAAAAUUCGGUUGAAAUUAUUUCCAUUCAGUUGUCCCAGUGUAUAAGCAUUUUGAUAGUAUGGUGUAUGUAACAACGACCAGAGCUGGCAUAUCUGCUGAAUAUUGAAUCAAAAUCAACUUGAUUUGAGACUCUUUUUCGUGAAUUAACUUGUGAAAUUUAUUAUGUAAUGAUAUUUAUGUUUAUUAAUUGUUAAUAUUGUUGUAAAUAAAUUUGAUACUUCA